AUGAGCCAAAAGGAUAAAACCGAGGAUCGACCUGCACUGGAAGAGUAUCACCAACAAGGUCCAAAACAGAUUCCACAACGAGAGGCUCAACCCCCAGAACAGCCUCCGGUGAUGAGUGACCACGAGCAGCUCCAGCAAUUACAAAUCACGGUCAUGCAGUUGGAGAGGGCCUUUCAUAACUUUGUCAAUGCUUCCUCACCAAAUCACUCCCACAAGGGUAGUUUGGACAGCAUGAUUUCUAACCAGAGCAGCCUCUCUAGACCCUCGUCUGCCAUCAGUCUAACAUCGCCCAACCCCCCCGACAUCAAAGAUGCUUACUUACACAACCCCCCGAAGACUUACACCUCGUCUCCACUAGGAAGGCCAGCGACAACAUCGAACCAUUCAGCCAAUAAUAGUCGAACCAAUUCUAUCACAUCUGACAGUCCCACCGCCGACAUGGGUCCGAAGCAACUAGACGGCAGGGGUAAGAGUUCGAGGCUUCGAAAGGUUCUCUCAGCUGGCAGCAUGGAGCUACUCGGGGGGCAUCCUGAUACAGCAUGUGAUGACCAGGCUGUGAAAGUCACAGGCCAGGGGGUUGCUCAUGAACCGCGGAAUGAAAAUAAAACCCCAACGCACAAUAUUUCAGGGCAUGGAAUCUACGGUCGUAGGAUCUUCAGCAAAUCAGUGGAUAACCUUGCCGCAUCAUCUAUGGCAACACCAGCGUCGGCACCCUCCAUGCUCCGUAAGGUGGGCAACGGCAUGAAGAGAAAGUCUCGCACUCUCUCUGGACUUUUCCGCCCCAAGUCUGCCGUGGCCACUGGCUUCCCUAACACCGCUUUUGAGGUCGAAUUGCCGCUUACCGAUGGGCCACUCGAGUCUCAAGUGCCCGAGGAAACGCCCUCUCUCACUUCGAAUACGGCUAAGGCGAAGACCAACUGGAGCCGUGAAGAUUUCUAUCAAGGCCUAGAGACACCAGAGCCUCCACCAUUCAACAUGAACAACAAUUAUGCAUCUGUUCACAUACAGGAUGCUGGGACAAUUCAAAAGCCUGAAAUGGCUCCCAGGGGCAUUCUCAAGAAACAAUCCCAAUCCACUGCCUAUCCGGUUGAGUUCCCGGAUACACCAACUCAAGUAAUAUCUGAAAUUACUUCCUCCCCGCUCUCGACAGUUCCUAACACUCCACAAACCGAGACCCAGUAUGAGCACUGGGUUAACCCAUUCGAAACGACGGACCUUGAAACAUUAAUGGAUGCACUUGAACACGUAUACGACUAUGACGAGCCAGCUGAAUCGGUCCAGGAAGCUAAUAAACACCAACCUCCGUUUGCCCCACGCCCCAUUUCCUAUUAUCUUUAG